UGCCAGAAACCAAUAUGGCCGCCUGCACUCUCCACAAAGGCUAACGGAAGAGCUGGAAAUUUAUUUCCUGUGAUUUCUCAAGAUGGCGGAGAGCUUGCUGUGAGUGAGACUGGUCUGGUGGUGGGGACGAGAGGAGGCUGCCGGUGAGCGAGACAGCGAGGAACUGUUCACGGAGAGUAAUCAAGUGUAUCGUGAGGAGAUAAUAAGGGGAGCUGCAAAUAGGAAAGAGGAACCUACUUCUACAAACGCGUUUAUGGACUAACAAUUCUGUAGAAGAUACCCAUAGAGUUCCAGCAAUGGCUGCCAUAGCCCUGAAGAGAGAAGGCCCACAUUUUAUAAGUGAAGCUGCAGUACGAGGGAAUGCGGCGGUCCUUGACUAUUGCAGGACAUCGGUCUCUGCCCUCUCUGGAGCCACAGCUGGUAUCCUUGGCUUAACUGGCCUGUAUGGAUUCAUCUUUUACUUCCUCGCGUCCUUCCUCCUCUCCUUGCUCCUAGUAUUAAAGUCUGGACGGAGGUGGAAUAAAUAUUUUAAAUCGAGGAGGCCUCUUUUUACUGGAGGGCUAAUCGGUGGUCUCUUUACCUAUGUCCUGUUCUGGACUUUCCUAUAUGGCAUGGUGCAUGUGUACUGAACUCUGCCGUGUGGAUCUGCCUUUCAGUCAUACUCUUUUUAAUGGAAUUCAAAGACUCCUGCCCAACAGUUUGUUUCACUAGUCAGAUUUAGUUUUUAACUUAAUGAAAUGAUUGCGUGAUUUCGGUUAGUAACUUAUAAUUCUGUAUGCUUUCUUUAAUUAAAAUGAUUACACACUUCUAAAAUUACUUGUAUUUUGUCACGCAACUCAAAAAUGGUAUGGAAGUAUGGUAGGAACGUCUUAAUAAAAUAUGCAGUAUGUACAGUGUCUGUUAAUAUAUGUAUUCUACUGUACAAGUUGUCUAACCUCAGUAUGGAGCUCUGCAAUGCUUAGUAAACCUUUUUGCUGCUA